AUCGCUUCUUCCUUUUCACCACUCGUUUUUAUUCUUGAAAUUCGCUUACACGAGGAAUUAGACACGCAGACCAUGACCAGCGCUAUUGCCCACGUUCCAAAGUCGCAUACAGUCAUCGGCUCGUCAGUCAUACCGAUCACGGUGUUCACCGGGUUCCUUGGUGCUGGCAAAACAUCUAUCAUUCUGAACCUCUUGAAGCGCACCGACCCAGACUACAAGGUCGUCCUUCUAAAGAACGAGUUUGGCGAUGCCGAGACAGACAGUGCCCUGGUGCGCGAGAGCCAUAUUCAGGUGACGGAGAUGACAAACGGCUGCCUCUGCUGUGUGCUGGUUGGCCAGAUGAAGCUGGCACUCGAGGAAAUGAAGGCAAAGUACAGUCCAGACCGUAUCAUUGUUGAGACAUCGGGCUCGGCGUUCCCGGCACCCAUUGCCUGGCAAAUCCGCGAGAUGGAGAGCGAGGGGUUCCACCUGGACGCCAUUCUCACCGUCAUCGACUGCGCCAACUUUUGCGGGUACGAAGACAACUCGUACACAGCCAAGAUGCAGGCGCAGUAUACAGACUUGGUACUGCUGAACAAGUGGGAGCUCGUCAAUGAACGCAAGCUCGAUAUUGUCAUCGACCAUAUCAAUGAGCUUAACACAGAUACGCCAAAGAUCAAGGCAGACAAGGACGCGGGCGUAGAUCCGAAUGUGGUGUUUGGGCUUGAUACCAACCUGUUCCGCCUGUCUGAGAAGCCCGCCGAUGCCGACACGUCGCACCACGACAACGAGGUUGAUCUGAUCGAGAUCCGCCGCGAAUUUACCGAGGGUACCCAGUUGCUUGAGCCAACCCAGUUCACGCAGUUCCUCAAGUCGCUACCCGCUGAGGAUGUGUAUCGUGUUAAGGGUCUUGUACGCCUCUCGGCUCGCGUGGAGGACGAAGGCAACAUGGGGGCCAAGUCAUCCGGCGAGGGCGAAGACGUGGAUGCGUCGCAGGGAAUCAUGUACAUUCUGAACCACGCGUUCGGCCGCUACACGUUUACAGCACUGACCCAAGAGGCUGAGGGUAUGGAGAAGACGCUGGCGCGGAUCACCGUGAUGGGUAAUGGCCUGCGGAUGUACACAGACAGGAUCAAGCAGGGGUUCACUGCAUCUGACGACCAAAUGUCGACACAUUGGGCACACCGGCACUAGACUACACAUUGCAUAGACAUACUGAGGCAGCGAUCAAUGAAUGUUUUCAAUACAGAUGGGGUUGCCAUCGAAGGAGAGAAGAGCGUAGAGAAUAAUUUUUUUGUUUUGUCAAGGUCAGAGCGAGACCCAGCCUCCAAUAUCAAACGCCUG